CAUUGCGUGAAGAAGUUGUCUUUUGCGAUUGCAUAACGUGAAAAUCUUGUUUUGACUACAAGCAUGGCUCAAGUUAAAAUAGCAAUGGAUCUUCUGAAAGUUAAAGUGAAGGACUGUUGGCAGAACAUUUCAAUCAUAACUUUUAUUUUGGUGAUCUGCUUUGGGAUCGGUGCUUGGGUCGAAAUCAAUGGCCUCUGGGUAGAACUUCCAGUCAUCGUGCAAAGCAUCCCUGAAGGAUGGUCUCUGCCGUCGUAUUUGACAGUGAUGAUUCAUCCCACUAUAAAUGGAUUUCUCGUUUUAUCUUCUSUYAUUUUAAAAAGUGUUUUGUSUUUUAUCUUCAAGGUCCUAAUCAGUGUUUUAGCCGUUGUGAUUGUGACRUACUGCAAAGUUGCCAUCAGUGCGUUGAUGAGGGACCAGGGACGCAAACAACUCCUYUGGUUUGGUAUAAGUACUCAAAUUGGCUCRUGUGUUGGAGCCCUUUCUAUUUUUGCYCCAGUUAAUGUUUAUCACAUGUUUAAACAGGAGUAGGACUGAAUGCCUUCAGUCUGAUUCGUUACCCUUUCUUUUGUUGGGCUUCCUGUUUAAAUAAAACACAGGAAUACCAAACAAAAUUGAAAAAAUUGAAGUUUAAUUUUUAAUUUUGAUUUAUUUGACUUGAUUUUUUUCCAGUUUAGAUGGCACAAAUUCCUUGCAUUGUUUACAACAGGUUUUGAAGGACAGAAUCCCUCAUUUUAGAAGUUAAAUAGUUGUGCYAUUAGGUUAAAAUUAAUUGUCCAGACCAAACAUAAAUCACAGGGUAUCGCACUGAAUGUUAAAACUACAUAAGCAAGAGGGAGCUUUAUCAAAAUACAAUAAGAAAUGGUUAGUUUGGGUUUCCUGUGCUACAUCAUUUUGAACAUCUUGGAGAAAAAUGAUACACUGAGAAAUGUCUGUGCAUUCAAAGCCUGCAUAGCGGCCCUCUUGCGUUCCCUGUUCUCAAAGAGGGUCACUACUCUGGCUCAGUAUAAACAUUUAUGCUCAUAACACUUGUAUUGGUACAUUCCCCAGUCGCUUGUCUUAAUACUCGAAAUGGAACUAAAUUUUUUUUUUUAAUUGGGAAAGCAGGAUGCCUGUGUAGAAGGCUAAACCUAUUAUCAGUCUUACACAUAAGAAGURCUUCAAUACUAUUUCUUUGAUCAAACAAAACACAAGAAAGUCAAAAUUUCCGUUCAACUCAUUUACGUUAGGUUCCCUGUUACUUUAAUUGGGACGUUUAGGUCACGUGAUCAGUUACUACAGAACGCUUGAUAUUGCGUGUAGAUAUUUAUUAUUAAAAUCUGGCCAUUAACACUUCAUCAAAUCAAAUAUAUAUUAUUGUCUUUAAAAAAAUAGUACUUUUAAAAUACCAAAUAAUCAGGUAAAUUUUAGAUAACGACUGAAAUAUAUAUUUCAAUAUAUUUUUAAAGCUUUCAACAAAAUUGUAGACCUCGUGCAUGAAAACAAGCCUAGUUGUAAUAUAAUAGAUAUAAAUAUAAAUACUGUUUAAAAUAACUGACAAACCACUUUUGGUGCAAAUAUAUUAAUAUUCAUAUUUAAGCAUAAUAUUUAAAUUUUUAUGACAAGACAGAGUGCACACAAUGGGCUUCUACCCUUAUGACGUCAUGAUAUGGCGAAGUGCAUCAUGGUUGCUUGUACAARAUGGCGGACAAAAAAUUACAGAGGACGAAAUUAUGAUGCAAAAUAAGCGUUGUGCGUUGUCGAAUAUCAUGAGAGAAGAUGGCUCAGCACAUUGCAGUGUACUCAAAGACCUGUAUGAGCAAUACAAAUGUAUGCUGUUUGCAUAAAAGUGGUGGAAACUAGCGGUAAACUAGUGUGAGCUGCGUCGGUGUUUAUAAAAAUCCUUCGUCCGAGGAUUAACAUUCGGAAAGUCAGUAAGUUGUUUCACCUACUUUUKUACGGUGUUAAAUUUAUCUUCUUACACAACUGUUUGCAAAACCCUGACUUCGUCAAUCCCAUAAUGCAUMUCGCCAGAAAUAGUUCGACGUCGUAAGGGAAGGUCCCAUGUAGUUGAUUAUUUAGAAUUGUUGUAUAUUUGUCAUUUUGUGUCAUAGUUUUAAUGUUUUGCUGCUUUUAAAGUGUGACAUCUAUUGCGGAAGUAUAGAGAAGCAAUAGCAUCUUUCACUAUUUAUUUGAAAAGUGCAUACACUUAAAUAAUGAAAUAUUUAACUCAUGUAGAUUCCAGUGAAUUGCAGUAAGUUGAUUAAAACGUGAAAUGAAAUCUGA